UCAGUAUCAACACAAAUGCCCGUGUCUGAGGACAGUUUACUGAACAGUCUACAUAAGAAAACAAUGGUAUUAGACUAUUGUUCUACUUCCUGAGAAGAAAAAAGCCUUGACGUCAUCACACUCCUUUACGGGAUUGACACCUGGAAACAAUAGUGGAAAAGUGAAUCCUUAUCAAUUGGAAUGUAUUUAGUCUACAAUUAAUUGCACAUAUUGUUAUUUUAAUCAAGACAAUGUUUUGAGAAUUACGUCUACCAACGUUCUCAUUGGAGGAUAUUCUGAAGUUUGGGUAAAGUUAUGGAGAACAUUGAGUUAACGAAAAUUGAGGCGACUACAGGAAAUGGUGCGAGAACAGAACACGACCCAGAGGCAGGAGAGCAUUCCCCUCUCAUUCUUCCACAGGGGCUUGUCAGUAAUGGAAAUCAGCAGACUGCAGGCCAAUCUGCAGAGGCCCAUCAAAGAUCCACCUCAACCACUUCGGAAAAUCGGGAGUCUUCACAGACACAGAGAAACACACUAUUCAGGAUUCUGAAUCAGGAUGUAUACAAACGUGUGAGACUGUGGAUGGUUAUCGUCUUCAUUAUCCUCCUCAUCUUUGUCUUAAUUAUGGUUUCCCUGGCCUUGUGCACAGUGAUUCAUGAGGAUGUGGAUGAGAAGUAUGAUCUUGCAUCUUUUACGGUGUCACAAUACUUCAACGGCAGCUUCCAACUACCCAAUCAGAUCUUCUCAGCGGAGCUUCUUUCCUCCCAGUCCAAUAAGACCCAACCCCUAUCUAUUGAACUACAAAAGAAGCUCAAUGACGUCUACCACCACUCUCCUGCCCUUGGUCGCUACUUCUCAAUGGCUGAAAUACAGGGUUUCAGGAAUGGCUCUGUUGUAGCUAAGUAUCGUCUAAGCUUCCUGAUGCCUGAGCAGCACGACCAAUUGAAGCAUUUCACCCUAAGUCGAGAGGUGGUGUACAAUGUUCUCAGACAGCACCUGUACGACCAGGAGCCAGAAAAGGAGGGGGUGCUGUAUAUUGACCCUGCUUCCCUGGAAAUGGAGGGUGGAAAAAAAGUUUAAGUAGUCAGAUUCACCAGGACAUUAACAUUGUUUUUACUGCCAAAGACGUGUUUCAUUCUGAGCACAGAAUUAUUAUUUUUUUUGCAGUUACUAUUGAGUCAGUGCCUAAACUGUGAAGUAUAGGCCUAGCUUUGCUUUAGAACAAUCACCAGAGUCUAAGACAUCACCAUGACGUCUCUCUAACAGGAUGGAGAAAGAAUGUGAAUGGCAAUCUGGUGACAGCUUUUCUACUUCCCUGAGACUUAGAGCUAUGAUCACUGUUUGCACAUUGACUGUGUUUUCUGUCUAGACAGCUAUCUAAAGGUACUGUAAGUGGGGAUUUGGAUGGGAUUCAUUUAUGGGGCUAUUGGGUUUGAAUACUACGAGCUUUACAGUGGAAAGAUUAUGUCUGUGGACUGGGAGACACUGUCUUACUGUACAUGCCUUAACUUUGAGUAAUACAGCCAAAAUGUGUACACAUUUUUAUUUCUGCUGCUUGAUUUUAUAUAUUUAUGUACCUAUCAAAAGAGAGAGAGCAUAUUUACACAGUCGGAUUUGGUACUUUUCUAUUGUCAUUGAAAUAAAGAAUAUUGUAAUUCAAAUGAAAGAGAGCUGAAAUUGUAAUAAUAAAUUAUGUUAUUACAAGUA